AUGGAUUCUGAUACUGAUGAUGGAGUAAACAACAAAAGAUUUCAAAAGAACAAGUCAAAGACUGUAGCCACACCAACUCCACCAGAAGAUGUUGUUGAUCAAUUCACUAAUUUGAAUCACGAACCCACCAAGAGUUAUUCUCUUAAUUGUGGAGAUGGUAGUGAUCUUGAAAUGGAGGAUGAAACUGAUGCUGUUGUAAAUAACAGUACUCCUCCUAUUGUCAACAAUAACACUACUACUACAACUACUGCUGCUGUUGCUUCCACUUCAUCCCCUGCUUCUUCAUCGGACAAGGAGGAUUCCUCCUCUUCUUCUGCUCAAACUGAAAAGAAAAGAGGUCGUCCUAAAAAGUCAGAGGAAGACAAGGAAAGAGAUAAAAAAGAGAGGGAAGCCAAGAAAAAGGAAGAAGCUCAAAAGAAAAAGGAAGAAACUCAAAAAAAGAAAGAGGAAAAGGAAAUGGAGAAAAAGAAAAAGGAGGAAACCAAAAAAGAAAAGACUUCCUCUUCAAAGAAAAAGAAAGAUGUAGAACAAGAUGAAGAUGAAGAGAUGGUAUUUGAAAGUGAUGGAGAAAAGGAAAAGCCAAAGAAACCAACAACUAUCGACAAGGAUAAAAAGACUGCUGCCAAGGAAAAAUCAACUUCACCAUCCACUGGUAAUAAGAAAAAGAAAGAAGUAGAAGAAGAAGAGAAACAAGAGGAAAAGGAUGACCAUGAUGAUGAUGAUCCAUUUGCAAGUGAAGAAGAAGAAAAGGAAAAGCCAAAAAAACCAACUCCAAAGAAACCAACAACCACUGAGAAGGAUAAAAAGACUACAACUACUAUUAGAUCAACUUCAUCACCUACCACCACUACUGCUACCAACAAGAAAAAGAAAGAUCUAAUAGUAGAAGAAGAGGAAGAAGAAGAACAACCUCAACAUGAUAGCGAUGAUGAAAAAGAUAAAAAGAAAAAGUCAUCAACUAAAAAGGAGGAGGAACCGACAACAACAUCAUCAAAAAAACCAGCAGCAUCUUCCAAAUCAACAACAAAAGAACAAGUCACAACACCAAACAAAUCAAAUGGUAAAAGAAAAAAAGAUGAAGAAGAACAAGAGGAAACCAAGGAAGAAGAAGAAGAAGAGAAACCAAUUGUUCAACCAAAAAAGAAACAAUCGCCAGCAAAGGAAUCACCAGAGAUUGUAUCAACAAAGAAAAAAGAUGAAAAGUCAAAGAAAUUUGAAUCACCAACAAUCAAAAAAGAUAGUAGUAGCAGUAGUAGUACAACCACAACAAAAAAAGAAUCAACUACAACAAAGAAAAAACAAGAUGAAAAGAAAGAAAAGAAACCAGAUAGUAAAAAGAAACAAGAUGAAAAGAAAACCAAGACAGGUAAAUCAUCUAAAAAGGAACAAUCUGCUGUGGUAGGUGAUGAAGAUGAGCCAAUGGAAGAAUCAAUUGAAGAGGAAGAUGAACACUCUGAAGAAGACGAAAAGAUUAUCGCCAUGACAUUGGUACCAGACACAGCCAAGGACAUGCUAAAGGGACAUAUCCGUUCAUUGGAAGCAACAUACACUGAUGACGAGACCAUAUUCACCCAUCUGAUUCUCGGCGACUCUAAACGAACCGUCAAGGUACUCAAUGCAAUGGCUGCUGGCACUUGGAUUCUCACGUCAUCCUGGAUCACUGAAUCAUCGACAAAAGGUGAAUGGUUGGAAGAGUCUGACUAUGAAAGUACAGCACUUCCAGGCAUCAAUGCAGCUCGUGUGGCACAUGAAACUGGUGAGCUCCUUCUAUCUGGCAAGUCGUUUUAUCUCGAUGGCAAGGUCAAAGAUGUCCAUCUCAACAAACAGAAAAAGAAACAACUUAUCACACAAUUGGGUGGAACCAUCUCAAAGACCUUUGAAAACUGUGAUAUCUGUCUCUUUUCUGGUGAUUCCAGCACUGAAAAUGAACCUGGAUCUGGUAAACCUAUUGUUGACGAUAGAUGGCUCUAUGAAUCCAUUGCUGAAUAUUCUAUUCAACCUACCGAUAACUUUACCAUUUCUUUUAAUGAUAAAAAGAAAUCAUCUGCAUCAUCGUCGACUCCUUCCAAAUCUUCCAACAAGGAGAAUGAUAAACCUUCAACUCCAACAACUCCAGGCAAGAAAGAAUCAAAGGAAAAGUCAACACCAGCAAAGUCUGAUAAACCAUCAACUCCUGCCAAAUCAUCGGCCAAAGAAAAGUCUACAACACCAAAGUCUGACAACAAAUCAUCAUCAGCCUCUACAACUCCAAACAAGAAAGAAAAAUCACCAAAAACUUCCAAAUCAUCAGAUAAAGAUUAG